GGGGAUUUGAUCGGGCCAGGGGCGAAUCACGUUAUCUUGCCUUCCACUUGCUUCCUGGAGAGGUGGCAAGACAUCAUCUAUCGGAGCCCCGGGAGAGCAAGAGCUAGUUAGCCAUCAUACUUACCAAGUUGGUGACACUGCUAGUUGAUAGCCUUCAGUUUCUUCUGCCAAGUACGAUCUACGACUAUAACCUCCCACAACUCAUACUCUUCGAAAGCCGACCUCUAUUCAGUCUGCUGCCAUUAUCACAAAUCACUCAUCUCGACGUUGAUAGGUCGACAGCAGAAUCUCCCAUCGGAAUGGAUGACGCUUCCCCAGAACCCGAGCGGACAGCUACCACAGUGCUAGUUCCUGACGAGAGAUGCAACGUGCCGUCUCAGGAACGUCUAACUCUGCUUUCAGAGUUCAGAAAAGCGAUGAAACGAGAUAAGAUACGAGCUCCGUUGUGGGCUUUUCUCCAAGUCGCGGAUAUUGCACAAUUGCAGUCACUGGUCGAGGCAGCCGAGAAUAUCCCCGAAUUCUAUUUUUCCCUCCUUGAGGAUACCUGCUUCAGCAUUGUCUUGAAUUGGAUGCAGCGCAGACUUAUUUCUCAGUCGGGUUUAUCUGUGUCUGGAACGUCAUCUUCAUCACCAUCGGAAUCUUCCAAGAAAGGCCGGGCGGAGAAGCCGAAAAGACUCGCAAAGGAGAGAGAUCAGAUGUGUGUCUUGACGAAGGCCACUGUCUACCAAGUUGCUCAUAUAUAUCCCCACUCUCUUAUCCAUGCCAGUCCACGGCGCAGUAUUGAUGCGGCAGUGCCUGGAUUCUGGAAGCUACUGUACGCAUUCUUUGAUGCGGAGAGAAUCACGAAAUGGCGAUCUGAGAUCUUCCGGGACCCAACAGAUCCAUCUAAAGCAUUUGAUGGGUGCUUUAAUAUGAUCUGCAUCAACUCACAGGCCCAUGAACUAUGGAAUAGAGGUUUUUUUGCACUGAAACCGAUCUCUCUUUCGGAUGACAAAAAGACUCUAGUACUAGAAUUCCAUUGGCAGCCACGGCCCAACCAUUCACAAUUAGACACCGUUGAUAUCUUGAAGUGCCCAGGUUCGUCUGAGGGCCUGGAUUCUGUGGAGGAUAAUGACUUGACAACUCGAAUUGGCAAUAGCAACAAGAGACGUUUCAUCAAGACCGGCGAUAGAUUUGAACUACGGACUGACAAUCCAUUUACACACCCUCUCCCCAGCUGGGAUCUUCUGGAUAUGCAAUGGCGUUUGACACGGGUCGUGUCAAUGUCUGGAGCGGCAGAUGUCUACGACGACAAUGAUGAUGACGACGAUGACGAUAGCAUCGAUGAUGCUGCCGGUAUCGAGGAUCGUCCAGAUAUUUUUUCCUGGGUCCCAUCGCCGUCGAGAAUUCAGAACGAGUCCGAUGAUAGCGAAGACAAUGAUGAAUUCGAGGAUUCGUUUACUACGGCCUCAACCAACCCCUCUCCUGCCAAAGUACGAGAGACGCUAGGGAACACUGCCACGGAGGAAGGAGGUCCCAUUGAGCUAUAAUGCUCUGUUUUUAUUUGACUAAAAGGCGUCAGGUGUACCAGCUACUAACCGGUAAUGGCACAUACUGAUAUGGUCCACGGGUAAUAUGGGAACGGGAAAAUGAUGGUGCUGGCGGCACUAUAAUUAUAUGGGCUUUAGGUCUUAUCUCACUAAUAGUCUAAUAUAGAGUAGUAAUAGGAUAAUAUAGGAUAAUGUAUUAUUUACUUAUAUAGGC